CCGGGAUGUACUACAUUUUUUUGACGAUUUUUCACUAUGAUCAUUUGGCCACCUUAGUUUCAGUUUGAGCAUGCCGCCAGCAUGCGUAAAUCUAAUGAUUAUCGUAGUUGUUCAUCGAAUGAAGAAAUAUGAUUUUUUUUCUUGCUGCCAGCCUCCGCUUGGAGCGAAUCAUCGUCACAUACUAUAAUAAGUCCUAAUACUAUUAGUGAAAAAUAUGACUUUUUCUGACGAUGGCACUGUAGUUUUGUGGUGUUUUUCAACGAGCAAGUGACAAGGAGUACAAAGAAGGCAUGCAAAGAAUCCGUGUUCUGCUUAAUAGCCGCAAUGAAAUAACCUGAGACGAGUUUUCGUUCGACAGACAUGAGGAUGAAGACACUUCCUUGUUCAAAAAUUUCAGAAAUGCAAAGAAAUACGAACCUUGAGGUCGAACUCUGAUCGAAGAUGAAUCACGAAAUUCCAAUUUUUGAAAAUCUAACAAAUCCAGGAGGUUCUGUGGUUGUUGGGUCUUUGGAACCACAAUUUAUGUGUGUGCUAGAGUGAAAUUUCUGCGUCUACUGAAAUCCUCUCUGCGUUCUGAAUGACAAAUCUUCCCAAUGCGUUCUAGUAUAAUCAUCUUCAAAUAACGAUCAGCUGAUGAUCUAUGUAUAAGUUCAAAAAUCAACAUCACAAACUGCCUCAUGCUCAUCUUCAUCAUAUCAAUCUACUUCUCAAGGAACAUUUUAUCUCAACAUCUCAACUGCAGGUAAAUCAGAGUUUUUCACUACUACUUCUUAGUAGAACAUCAACAAACACUAACACAACAAGAACUUGAUUGUUCAUCGUUUCAUUGUCUUUCUCUUUUUUUGUAAAAAAAAGAACAGCACCUCCAACAAAAUGGCGCAACAAGGUAGCGUAAAGUGGUUUUCCGACAAGGGCUUCGGCUUUAUCCAACCGGCUGACGGAUCUGAGGAUGUCUUCGUGCACUUCUCCUCCAUCAACAUUAAGGCUACCGCUAAAGCAUCUCCCUACAACAUCAUGGUCCUUGGUUCAUCUUUUUCGACUUGAAUGCCUUUUACUACUAGAAAUACUUGAAAAAAGGAGUCAUAUUUCAAGGAUGUCUCUACUCAAGGAAGAAAUACAACAAACGCCUUCUAUAGCUCUAACUUCGAGGACGGCUUCAAAUCGUUGAACGAAGGUGAGACCGUCUUCUACGACACCUUCUGGGAUGAGCAGAAGCAAAAGACUGCUGCUGUCAACGUGAGCGGAAACGGUGAUGGUAUCCCGCGUCAGAAGGGCAAAGGCAAGGGCUUCGACAAGGGAUUCGAUGGCAAAGGAAAGGGAAAAUUAUGGCAGGCUUUUUGAUAAUUCAUUUAGUUGGAUGGUGUAGAAGCGGAUCAUUAUAUACAGGUCGUGGAUACAAAGAAGUAGAAUGUACGUCGUCUACCCGCUUACUUCUAUUCAGCAUACUAGUUGUGAUAGUGUCUCAUCAUGAUCGUAGGUUACCUAGAAGUCCCUUCAAACUCAUUGUAGAACAUUUCUAAGAAAUUUCGGUGGCGGCUUCGGCGGCGGCUUCGAUAAGGGAUUCGGUGGAAAGGGCUUCGGAGGAGGCAAGGACUACUGGUAAUUUCAUUACCUUUGAGGACGUUCUUCAAAUAGAAGCUGAUGGAACAAAUUAGGAUUCUUGCCAGGUAGUUGUGAGAGGUGCUGGUGAAAGAUGAAGUCCUAUAGUGGUCCUCUCUCCGGAAGGCGAAGGGAACUCUCAAGGCGAUGUAGUUGUUGCAGUGCUUAUACAUCAUAGAUACUCGAGUUAUGAGAUUGAUGUUGUAGUACUCGUCGGAACGAUGUGAAACGAUGGGGGGACGAACAUCGAGAAGUUGGAUUUGCUUUGGUUUUUAUCGUAAAGAAAGUAAGAAAAAACAUGCUGUGAUGGAAGAGCUAUGAAGAUGGGGAGAUACUUCUGAUGCUCAGCACAGACGCCGUCACUAUGUGUUGGAUGCAAUCAAUCACUAUUACGAGAAGUAGAUUUAUACGAAGUGUUGUUGUACUAGUUUGUUUGUGUAACCAGGAGUAGAAGAUUUAUUAAACUCAUAAUAAGCACAAGGAGGUGCAAACAUCAUCAAAAGAAGUUCAUAUUUCCUCGAUCUUCAUCAGAAGUUCAAGAUUAAGUUAGCAGGUCCUCGUACUAGAGGCGUAAAACCUUGUACUUUUGUCCUAGGACGAUUAGGACUUGGGGACUUCCAUGAUUACUUAAUACCACACCUUCAUGACAACAUCAUGAUAUGGUAAACUGACUUCUUUCAUGUUAAAACUUCUUCAUGUUGUUGUAAUAUGUUGGAUGCAA